AUGGCUUCGUUCCCCGAGACCGACUUCCAGAUCUGCCUGCUGUGCAAGGAGAUGUGCGGCUCGCCGGCGCCGCUCUCCUCCAACUCGUCUGCGUCGUCGUCGUCCUCGCAGACUUCCACGUCGUCGGGGGGCGGCGGCGGGGGUCCGGGGGCCGCGGCGCGCCGCCUGCACGUCCUGCCCUGCCUGCACGCCUUCUGCCGCCCGUGCCUCGAGGCGCACCGGCUGCCGGCGGCUGGCAGCAGCGCGCCGGGAGAGCCCCUCAAGCUGCGCUGCCCAGUGUGCGACCAGAAAGUAGUGCUGGCCGAGGCGGCGGGCAUGGAUGCGCUUCCCUCGUCCGCCUUCCUGCUCAGCAACCUGCUCGACGCCGUGGUGGCCACGGCCGACGAGCCGCCGCCCAAGAACGGGCGUGCCGGAGCCCCGGCGGGCGCGGGCGGCCACAGCAACCACCGGCACCACGCGCACCACGCGCACCCGCGCGCAUCCCCUGCUUCUCCCUCCCCCAUUCCCCCUGCNCCGCCGCCGCCCGCGCCUUCCCGCUCUGCGCCCGGCGGCCCGGCUGCCUCUCCGUCCGCGCUGCUGCUGCGCCGGCCUCACGGCUGCAGCUCCUGUGACGAGGGCAACGCGGCCUCGUCGCGCUGCCUGGACUGCCAGGAGCACCUGUGCGACAACUGCGUCCGCGCGCACCAGCGCGUGCGCCUCACUAAGGACCACUACAUCGAGCGCGGCCCGCCAGGUCCCGCCGCCGCGGCCGCCGCGCAGCAGCUCGGCCUCGGGCCGCCCUUCCCCGGCGCGCCCUUCUCCAUCCUGUCGGUGUUCCCCGAGCGCCUCGGCUUCUGCCAGCACCACGACGAUGAGGUGCUGCACUUGUACUGUGACACCUGCUCGGUGCCCAUCUGUCGUGAGUGUACGAUGGGCCGGCACGGGGGCCACAGCUUCAUCUACCUCCAGGAGGCGCUGCAGGACUCGCGGGCACUUACCAUCCAGCUGCUGGCUGACGCGCAGCAGGGCCGCCAGGCAAUCCAGGUCAGUCCUAACCCGCCCUUCACCUGUUUCCCUUGUUCUUUCUUACACAGAAAACCUUUCUCGCUCCCUUUCAGAUGGCAUGUGUAG